GUGAUAGAUGUGUCAUAGUUGUUGUCCCCAGAGUCACAUGGGUCGAGGUUAAAGAGAACUUCUCUUCAAGCAAUAAACACAACGAUGGCAUUUAGCUGGCGAAUUACGGGUUUAAUAUGGGUGUCUCUACUCUUAAUAUUAUCAAAUGGCCCAAUUGGUUCUAGUGCUGAUGGCAAUAAUGGUCAUAAUGUUCGACAGUCGGUUCCUUUUACCGAGAAGUAUAUGGAGCAGUAUGUGGACCAUAUAAAUUUCGUCAAUAACAAGACUUUCUUUCAAAGAUAUUUAGUUCAGGAUAAAUGGUGGGACCGUAAAAACAAUGGCCCCAUAUUUUUUUAUACUGGAAAUGAAGGUCCCAUUGAUCAAUUUUGGGAAAUUACAGGGCUCAUCUUUAACCUUGCCCCCAAAUUCGGUGCUCUGGUUGUUUUUGGGGAACAUAGAUAUUAUGGUAAAUCGCUUCCAUUUGGUCCUGACAGAAGCUUCAAGCAGCCCUAUAUCAGUUUUCUAACCGUUCGACAAGCCCUUGCAGACUUUGCACAUCUGAUAAACACCCUGAAGAUCAUGUUGAGUGCCCAGAAGUCUCCUGUUAUAUCAUUUGGUGGCAGUUAUGGAGGAAUGCUAACUGCAUAUCUCCGAAUGAAAUAUCCAGGUGUCUGUGAUGGUGGUAUUGCUGCCAGUGCACCGAUUUAUCUUUUUGAUCCGAAAUUCGACCACAGCUUCUUUUUUACCGAUGUUUCCAAGGAUUUUUCCAGCUGUGAACCUCAAGUGAGACAAGCAUUCAUCAAGAUGAAUCAGUUGAUGGCUCAAGGAGAGACAGGAAAGAAAACUCUGGAAGAAUAUUUUAAAUUGUGCAAGCCCAUAUCUGGUCCAGAAACAUAUACACGUCUUCUGGGGGCAAUAAGAAAUGCCUUCACCAAUAUGGCAAUGUUCGAUUAUCCCUAUGCAACACCCAUGCUUCCGAUCGGAAACCCAGUCAAUAAAUCUUGCCAAAUGAUGCAAGAAGCCAGUGAUGUCUUGAAAGGAUUGGUUGAUGUCACAAUGAUGUUUUACAACGCUUCCUCGAAACCAUUCCAAUGCUUUGAUGUUGAGAAAGCAUUCAUUCCUUGUGCAGAUCCGACUGGGUGUGGGGUUGGCCCUGCGUCCGUUGCCUGGGAUUUUCAGCUCUGUGGGGAUCUGGCACCACCAACAGGUACAAACAACGUCACUGAUAUGUUUCCUGUUCUGCCCUUCAAUGAUAAAAUUAGGGACUACUAUUGCCAAAAGGUCUGGAACACUGUCCCCACAUAUGACUGGGAAUACUGGGGUCAAGACUUGAAAACAACCAGUAAUAUCGUUUUCUCAAAUGGUGAUCUGGAUCCUUGGCACCGUGGUGGGGUAAGUACAUGUUUCCUUGUGUUAUGGUUUAAAAAUCUUAAUGGAAAAGGGGACAUUAAAACAAUGAUGAUGAUAUCCAUUCUACUGUCUGCUGGAACCAUGGCUGGCUGCUUAAGAAGUUCACUUCACAAACGUGGUUUUUGAGUUCAAUCCCACUAUGUGGCACCUUGGGGAAAAUUGUCCUUUAUUGUAAGCUCCAAGGAGCAAUAAGGCAAGCAUGUGUGGCUAAGAACACUAUAGAGCAGUCUUGGGGACCCUAGUGUUCUCUUAUACAAGUCACAUAUCCCACCCAGCAUAACGGGAACUGUGAAGUGAAGAUUCAGAUGGAAGCUUGACCACGUAGCUUUAAUCCCACUUAGCAUAUAUUAAUAUGAUCUCAUCAUUAUUUUAUUAUCUGCUUUUCUGUGUAUGGCUCAGCUGGAAUUCAUUGAAGCAAAUUUUAUAGGUCCAGACCCUUGGGAAGCAAAGUUUCUGCUAGCAAGUUGUACUCGUUCACGAAUGACAGCCAACAAAAGAAGACGUUAGGAUGCUGUGUUUACCGAAAAAUUUAUGAAAAUUCGUAAAUCUAACCUGAGCGCCAUAUCUAGGCAAGGGAGGUAAAUCUUCUUGACUCUGGUCAUUUCGCUAAACCACCGCCAUUUUGUGUGUUUAACUGCGAUAUUUUCUGACAUGUAUUCAAAGCAUAUCUAUGUUCUAGUUUUAAGUUUUCUAUUGGGAUUUUUUUCAUCUUUUUCUAUGGGUUCCUAGUAGGUUGUUGGGGACAGUGAUGUUCUUAAAUCCAUCUGCAGCAUUUCUAGACUUUCGGCGUCUCAUCUUUAAGAUUAGAAGUGUUAUUGGUUUCUUUAAAUAACUGCUGCUUAUAUCGUAGACAGAUGUGAUUUGUGUAGAUCUUAUCCUUGGAAUCUGAAAUUUGAUCACAUCCAAUCCAUUUGAUAUUGCCUGGGAAAAAGUUAAGAUAGAUAUUUAUUAUAAGUUCGUAGUGGGAGAAAAAAAACCUAUCCUAAAACAAUUCCUGGUAAGGGAGGUAACUCUUCCUGACUUCGUGACCAAAAUUCAGUUUAA